UCCGCACGCCCAAGGGCAACCAGUGAGUGACCCGGAGGCUGGAAAGGGAAGCGAAGAAGAAGAGGGACGCGGCUGAGGAGUGAGAACAACGGGAGAGGGGAUCCAGAAGAGGWGCGGGAGAGCGCGCGAAGGGAACAGCGAAGGAAGAGAGCAGUGCUGGCACCAGCGGCGAAGCGUAGGUGGCUUAGGAGUCGGAGAGCGCGUCAGCACCGCAACCCCUCCGGACCUUCACAUACGCUAUCUCCCAGAGAUCAGAGCCCCUUCUCCCAGGGAGCGCGGCGCCCCCUCUCUCGGCUCCGGCCGCCCCCUCCUCCCUCCACGCGCUGCCCCUCCUCCGUCCCGCCCCCCGCACGGAGUUGGGAGCGCCGCAGUGGCCACUGCCUGCACCACCGGGUCCCGGAGCCGCUGCUUUGCCGGAUCGCCUGGGCACGCUCAGAGAGCUGCGCGAGUCACCAGCCUUGACUCUUCUUCGAUCCGACUCCACGGGUGGCCUCGGGGAGCCCCAGCCGCCUCCCGACCUGGCAUUCCGCUCCCCAGCUGCCACGCUACGCAUCACAGGAACUUGGGCAGGACCCAGACGCGACUCGCGCGCGGGGCUGAACCCGAAGCCCUGCGGCUAUGCCCUCCUGCCCCCUCCCUGUCAGUUGUUGGUCCUGCAYCCCGGCUCGGCCCCCGACGGCUGCACGUUGAGAUGACUUUCCGAGACCUCCUUAGCGUCACUUUCGAGGGACCCCGCCCGGACAGCAGCUCCGGGGGCUCCAGUGCGAGCGGCGGCGGGGGCAGCACAGGCGGCGCGACUGCCUCGGAGGCCCCGGCGGUGGGCAGCGUUUCGGGGGCCACGGGCGGCGGCAGCGGCGUGGUGGGAGCGGGCGGCGGCGAGGACAACCAGAGCUCCGCUGGGGAGCCGGGGGGCGCGGGCGCGGGUGGCGAGGUGAACGGCACAGCGGCCGUCGGGGGGCUUGUUGUGAGUGCGCAGGGGGUGGGGGUGGGUGUCUUUCUGGCAGCCUUCAUCCUCACCGCUGUAGCGGGCAAUCUACUUGUCAUCCUCUCGGUGGCCUGCAACCGCCACCUGCAGACGGUCACCAACUAUUUCAUAGUGAACCUAGCUGUAGCCGACCURCUGCUGAGCGCCACCGUUCUGCCCUUCUCCGCCACCAUGGAGGUUCUGGGCUUCUGGGCCUUCGGCCGGGCCUUCUGCGACGUGUGGGCCGCGGUGGACGUGCUGUGCUGCACGGCCUCCAUCCUUAGCCUCUGCACCAUCUCGGUGGAUCGGUACGUGGGCGUGCGCCACUCACUCAAGUACCCUGCGAUCAUGACAGAGCGCAAGGCGGCGGCCAUCCUAGCGCUGCUCUGGGCCGUAGCCCUCGUCGUGUCCGUGGGGCCUCUGCUGGGCUGGAAGGAGCCCGUGCCCCCGGACGAGCGCUUUUGCGGCAUCACGGAGGAGGCGGGCUAUGCUGUCUUCUCUUCGGUGUGCUCCUUCUAUCUGCCCAUGGCAGUCAUCGUGGUCAUGUACUGCCGCGUGUACGUGGUCGCGCGCAGCACCACGCGCAGCCUCGAGGCGGGCGUCAAGCGUGAGCGGGGCAAGGCCUCCGAGGUGGUGCUGCGUAUCCACUGUCGUGGUGCAGCCGCCGGCGCAGAAGGAACGCAUGGGACUCGGAGUACCAAGGGCCACACCUUCCGCAGCUCGCUAUCUGUUCGCCUGCUCAAGUUCUCCCGUGAGAAGAAGGCAGCCAAGACGCUGGCCAUCGUCGUGGGCGUCUUCGUGCUCUGCUGGUUCCCCUUCUUCUUCGUCCUGCCGCUGGGCUCCCUGUUCCCGCAGCUGAAACCAUCAGAGGGCGUCUUCAAGGUUAUCUUCUGGCUUGGCUACUUCAACAGCUGCGUGAACCCGCUCAUCUACCCCUGCUCCAGCCGCGAGUUCAAGCGCGCCUUCCUCCGCCUCCUGCGCUGUCAGUGUCGCCGCCGCAGACGCCGUCGUCCCCUGUGGCGCGUCUACGGCCACCACUGGAGGGCUUCGACUAGUGGCCCGCGCCCCGACUGCGCCCCCAGCCCGAGUGCCGCGCCCCCCGGAGCGCCGCUGGCUCUCAUAGCGCCCCCAGAUCCCAGCUGCCCAGGCACGGACGAGGUGCAGGCUCCAGUCUCUAGCCGUCGAAAGACCCUCUACGCCUUCCGCGAGUGGAGGCUGCUCGGGCCGUUGCGGAGGCCGACCACCCAGCUGCGUGCCAAGGUCUCCAGCCUGUCGCAGAAGAUCCGCACCGGGGGCACGCAGCACGCAGAGGCCGCGUGUACCCUGAAAUCGGAGGUGGAAGCCGUGUCCCUAGGCGUUCCCCAAGAUGUGGCGGAGGGCGCCACCUGCCAGGCUUAUGACUUGGCCGACUACAGCAACCUCCGGGAGACUGAUAUUUAAGGACCCCCCAAGCUAGACUGAGGAAUGUGCUGAGGGUGGGCGUGGGGGGCUUUGUGGGGAGGGAGGCUGGGUUUGUUGGAGUGGCCCGGGUGGAUUAGGGACUCAAAAACUGUUCAGGAUGGUUGCUUCUGUGGCAUCUCUGGAGCAAACCUGGCUGGACCCUYGAAGCGUUGGGAGUUUUGGGGCCCCCUGUUGGAGACAGGUGCGCAGAGCUCUUUUCCUAGGAGGGAGGGGCUGCAGGAUCUGUGGUGCCAUUGGCACCCAAAUUCCUGUUUGAGAAACUAACCACCCCCAUAUGCCCUGCCCUGACCCGAGUAGAUUGCCCCAAGUAUGGCCAGRCAGGCCUGUUCCUCUUUUUCGAGAGGAAGAGGCACUAAAGUCUUGCGUGGCUGCCCCAAGGGUAAAGGACAAUGGGGUCAGGUCGCCUCCAUGGACAAUUUCUCCUUAACUGCCUACUAGCGGGACCCAGUGAACCUGYCACCACUGCCAGCAAGCUUUGGUGGCCUAUUGGUUGACAGUMAUACAAACCUGUUGUAUUUUUUCCUGGGCCCACUGCCUCCUACCCCCACCCCUGCAUUGGUCCAGUGCACACUCCAUCACCUGGCUCUGCCCCUCAUGACUUCCCUUCAAGGGCCUUACUGUUUACACUCUGUACAUAGCUCAUUGUGCCUGUGCCCAUCACUUCUUGCUGGGAUUUUGAGCUGCCAA